AGUGUAGAAAUGGAAGAAGAAGUGCCAAACAAGGAUUCCCCUAAAGACACAGAUGUGAAGAAGGUGCAUUGUAAAUCUGAAACCAAGCGAUACAGCGAGAUCUUCAGGGACUUCGAUAAUCUUGAUUUAUCUUUAAUCUCAUCUGCAGGGGAGGAUCUGCUGGCAGACACUGACUCACCGCCCAUCUCAGAAUCACUUUCUGCAGAAAUAACAGAGCAACAAGAUGUGUCUUACGAAGAUACCUUUAGCCCACAGAGACGGGCUGAGGCCAUUGAAGUGGAUGGAAACCAAUCAGCCCAGGAAGCAGAUCUGGCCCUAUGUCGCUCUGAGGAUGGGGUGGAGACAGCACUGCAGUACACCAAGAUGUGGUGCCGCUACGCCAAAGACCUCCUGGCCUGGAUGGAGAAAAGAAUCAACUUGGAACAAGAAUUUGCAAAGAAUGUGAUGAAGACAGCUGAAGGGGCAAAAGCCAACAUGGCACAGCAGGAAAUGAUGCCCCUGCAGUACCUCUACACAAAGGCACUAGAGCAGGACAUCAAGAACAGUCUGACUAGCAGAAAGACUUAUGAACUGCUACACAACCGCUGUUACCAAGCCUUGGCUGCCAAGAAGAAUGAGAUUGAUAAGUGGCGCAGAGAGUUUAAGGAGCAGUGGGCAAGAGAACAAAGGAGGAUGAACGAGUCAGUGGCAGCUCUUAAAAAGGCUCGUCAGCAAUACCUCCAGCGCUGUGAUGAGCUAGAAAAGGCUAAAGCUGUCUCUGCUAAAGCUGUGGAUGACACAGCUGGAAUCAAAACGCUGGAUAAAAGACGGAAGUCUAAGGACGAAGCCAAGACUAAGGUGGUGGAGGCAGAGCUUCUGUACAGAGAUUGUGUGCGUGAUGCCAAGCUCCACCAGGAGGAGUUAGUGAAGGCCAAAGAGAGAAUUAUUUCCCACAUUCGCAAGCUCAUCUGUCAGGGAGACACUGUGCUCAAGGAGGCCACAGUCAACAUGUUUUUCUACCAGCGGCAGCAGACAGAGCCUAUUCCCCUUGGCUAUCACAACCUGGAGGUGACAUGCAGGUCCCUGGAGGCUGGUGAGGCCUACAUGCUCUACAUUCUCAGCAAACGUCAACCUGAACAACCUCUCCAGGUCUUCACCUUCCAGGAGUAUGUUCCUCAGGGCAAAGGGCACAAAAGGAAAACAAGCAACACCAUCGGCUCUCUGCAGGACUCUUCACUCAUGACAGAUGACAACGCUUACAGACGACCCAGCGAUGGCAGGAAAACGGGCUACAGUGAUAAUGAGAGUAUUGGAGGCAGUUUGGAAUCUCUGACCAGCCCUGCUCACCCUAACAGGAGGGUGCCUAAAACCUCGUCCACAUUGACAGUGUCAUCAGAUGACCUGGAUGACCGGGAUGUGGCGUCAGAAUCAGAGUACAUUGACAUUCAACCAGGCAAGGUGCGGACACCUUCGGGAGCUGCACUGACACACCAGCUCAGGAAGAUGAAGAGCAAGAUGGUCAAAUGCAAGCAGUGUGAUAACUACAUUGUCGUCAGUGGGGUCGAAUGUGAGGAGUGUGGGCUGGCUUUGCACAGGAAGUGCAUGGAGGUGUGUCAGCUGGAGUGUGAGCACAGGAAGGGGACUGUGUUCGGAGUGGACCUCUCUCUGCUGCCACGUGACUCACCAGAUGAGGUGCCCUUUGUGGUGCUGCAGUGCACGUCUGAGAUUGAGAGUCGCGCUCUCUCGGUCCAGGGGGUGUAUCGUGUGAGUGGGUCCAAGCCUCGCAUCCAGAGGCUCUGCCAGGCCUUUGAGACACAAAAGGAGCAGGUGGACCUCUCUGACCUCUCACCACAUGACAUCACCUCGCUCCUUAAACACUUCUUCAAGGAGCUCCCGGAGCCCUUACUAACCUUUGACCUGUACAAUUGUUUCAUCGCGGUUGGAAAGACCAUUCAGAGCCAGAGCGAAAGGGAGUUAGACACUAAUGAGAUAAUGGAUACAGUUAACAACCUACAAAGGCUACUACAGAAACUCCCUCCAUAUUGCUACAGCACCCUGCAACACCUGAUAUCUCACCUGCAAAGAGUUUCAGAGAACUGCGAGAACAAGAUGUCCCCUAGCAAUUUGGGUAUUGUGUUUGGGCCAACACUACUGCGCCCCCUUGUGUCUACAGACAUGUCAAUGAUUGCCCUGCUGGAGAUCACUUACCAGGCUGUGCUUGUUGAGUUCCUCAUUACACACCAUGACAAGGUUUUUGGCCUUCAGCGAAGACCCAGUACGCCCCCUCCACCAGCCCCCACUGCACCUCUUCCAGACACCCCUCCCAGAGCUUCCUGUCCCCUGGAUGAGGAAGUUUACACUGGCUUGGAACAUAAAACCUCCUCACGAGAGCGUCAACAUUCACUAGAAAGUCGAGCAAUCAAGAGAGAGUCAAGCGAGGGUUAUAUAUCUGACAAGUCUUCAUCCAAUGAGGCAGUGGACCAGCUCAGCACUGAAGCCAGUGAGAGAGCAGUCCUGGCUUUGAGAGGGGCAUCAAGCCAUCCUCAGGGUGAGCCGGUGGGGGAACCAGACUCCAAUUUGGGAAACCAACCACACUAUCGCUUCACCAGACAGCCUGUGAAGUAUUACCGGCAUCAUAACCCAGGAACCCGAGUCUCCAACCCAGGUCGUGCAGCCAGACAGCCUGCAGCCUCAGCGAGGGCCAGUCCAGGGAGUGCAGACAGCAGCCGCAGCUCCUCUCCAGAGCCAGGGAAACAGAGACUUUCCCAAAGCUUAGAUGUCCACAGUGAGAACACCCGCCAGCCCCACCAGGCCACCGAUGCCACAGGGACUAAAGUGGACGUCCCACUGAGCCCCCGUGAGGUUGUGCAGUACAUGCUGGGAUUAGACUCAACAUUUACAUCAGCUGCAACAUCACACAGGACGGCACAGGAGUCUUCUCAGGAAGUGGCAACUAGGUGUCAAGCUGAACAGAACAUACAUCUGCCUAAUAGUAGACAGAGUACUGGACAUAGUCAGGCUCUGUUUCAGUCACCAAAGACACACCCUGUUGAGCACAACCUGUCCUCCCCAGCCCAGAAGAUCCUUUCUGGGCUGAAGCUGAAACGCAGUCACUCAGGGAAGGACGAGCAGCUCUUUGUCUGAGAAAAUACAGUUUCCAGUUUACUGGAAUACAUUCACACACACUGCAGGAUGUAAAAUCAUUAAUAUCACUUUUAUCUUGUGUAAAGACUGCUACUACAAUUCAAGUUUCAUGCAGUUUUCAUGAAUAAAAUUCUCCCACAUUUUACACCAAGGUAUCACCUGUAACACAAAAUGUAACUUAACAUUCCCAGAUGAAGACUCAAUUAUCAAAGAGUUAAAUGUCCCAAACUCACAAUUGAGUCACUCUUUGAGGAAACUCAGUUGAAAAGUUCAGGUGUGAUACUUACUUGGAUGCCACUGCUUUAUUACCACUAAUCCUCUUCAAGAUUUUGAUCUACUGGCCAUCCAGCUGUCUCAUACUCUGACCAGACAAGAGUGGUUUACGUAUUUAUCACUUUUUGAAUUUUUCUGGUGCAUAAUGUAACAACAGGUUACAGGUGGUUUGAGAUUGCAGGUUAAGAGAUGCAAACCAGAACAUAAAUAUCAAGGUCUUUCAGGUUUUGUCCUGAACAAAAAAUUAUGAAAAUCUGCAAAAUACAAACGCUAUCAAGUGUUGUAUUUAUAUACAUAUAUGUAUCAUAGGCUCCAGGUGUAUUUUUUUUUUUUUACUAGUACAUAAACAAAUAUAUGCCUUCUAUGGUGGUGUGAAGUUAUCUUUUUUUGUUUCAUGCACCUUUCCUAUGUUGGCACAAGGGGGCGGUCUUCUCCUAGUGUUUGGAGACGUAACAGACACAAUAGUA